AUGAAUACCCCUACUUUCGCGUAUCUCACCCACCCCGGAGUGCCCAUGGCCGUGGGUGCUCUCCUCUUCACCCUCCUCGCCUACCUCGCGCACCGCAUCUCAAAGAUCGGAUCUCGUCCCGCCGGCUUCCCACCCGGACCGCCCACACGCCCCAUCUGGGGCAACCUCAAAGAGGCAAGUCCUUCCCAAGCUUCCCAUCAUUCCCCGUUACUCCCCCUCCACCUUACCUCGCCAUCACCAUCACCUCCCUCCCAUUCCCCCUCCCACCAGAGCUCCCCCAACAUCCCCACCCCUCACCCCCCACCACGCGCGGCGCCCCCCUCCCGUCCCCUCGACACCCUCCGCCCGCACCUAACCUACACCACCUGGGCCGCGACCUAUGGCCCCAUCAUCACCGCGAUGCGGGGCCCCAUCCCCAUCGUCGUCGUCAGCACGGCCGCGGCGGCGCACGACGUCUUCAACAAGCGGGGGCAGGCGACGGCGGGGCGGCCCGGCGGGAUGAAGGUCGACCUGUACGCGCGGGGCAACUACGCGCCGGCGAUGAUGGGCGGGCCGCGGUGGCGCGCCGCGCGGCGCAUGUGGCACGCGAUCCUGAAUGUCGGGGCGGCGCGGUCGUAUCUGCCGUAUCAGGCGUUGGAGGCGGCGAAAUUGUUGGCGGAUGUGUGUGGGGAUGGUGGUGGGGAUGGUGGCGAGGGAGCGGCGGAGCAGUGGCGGGUGCAUGUGGAGAGGUUCAGUAAUAGUGUGGGGAUGACGAUGCUGAAUGGGCGGCGGGUGCCGCGGAAGGAGGACCCGGGGAUCAGGGAGGUGAUGGAUGAUUUGCUGAACAUCUCGACGCUGCAGCUGCGGACGGAGUGGAUGGAGGGGGCGCAGUGGCUGUGGAAGCUGCCGGGCGGGAGUUGGUGGUUGCCGGCGAGGCGGGCGGCGGAGCGGCUGUGGGCGGUGCACGAGAGGAUGCUGACGAGGCAUUGGAACAACACGAAGGGGUGGACGGAGAAGGGGGAGAAGCAGCUGCCGAGCUUCAUCCAGGCGAUCCAGGAGAAGUUGAGGGCUGGGUGGGAGGGGUUGAGCGAGAAGGAGGGGAUGGAGGUCGCGAACGAGCUGCUCGUCGCGGCGACGGAUACGACGGCGAGCAGCCUGAACAACUUCAUGGCGGCGAUGGCGUUGUUCCCGGAGGUGCAGAGGAAGGCGCAGGAAGAGAUCGAUAGGGCUGUGGGCCCGGAUCGCCUGCCUACAGAAGAGGAUAUCAACAACCUACCUUACACCCGCCAGUGUAUUCAAGAACUCUUGCGUUGGAUCACGGCGGUACCCCUCUCCUUGCCCCACGCCACCGUCUCACCCAUUCAGAUUGGCGAGUACCACAUCCCCGCCGGGACAACGAUACUCCUCAACAGCUACGCCAUUCACCGCGACCCAGUAGCCUACCCGGACCCAAAGGCAUUCAAGCCGGAGCGCUGGGAGGGUAAGCUCGAGACGGUGGUGUCAGAUGAACAAGUGGGGGUGCGGACGGACUUGUUUGCCUUUGGCGCUGGACGGCGCGUCUGCCCCGGCCAGCACGUCGCCGAAAGGAACCUCUACUUCGUCAUCUCGCACUGGCUGUGGGCGUUUGACGUUCGGAAGAAGAGGGACCCACAGACCGGGGAGGAGAUCGACAUCGAUAUGGAAGAUGUGAGGCCGGGAUUGGUCAACACGAUGAAUCCGUUCGCAGUCGACGUCAAGCCGAGGAGCAAGGAGAAGGCCGAGUGGAUCAAGGCGCAUUGGAAGAAGCAGCGAGAGGCGCUGUUGGACGAGGACGAGCAGUGGAUUCAGGGCCCGGAAGCUGUGGCAAAUAUCAUGGCGAGGACGGCAAGGUGA